UGUUAUUCCACAGUAUCCUUGCUUUGUAUUCAACAUGGGUGGAAGCCCCUUUCAACAUUUUCUCGGUUUUUUUCUGCUUUUGCUGUGUUUCAAAUCUGGGUUUGGAUCCAGUUUGAUGGUGGGUGAUGCUAAAGUUGGGUGCAGAGAGAGGGAGAGACAGGCUCUCCUUCACUUCAAACAAGGUGUUGUCCAUGACGACAAUGGAGUGCUUUCUUCAUGGGGGAAUGGGGAAGACAAAAGGGAUUGUUGCAAAUGGAGAGGAGUGGAGUGCAACAACCAGACAGGUCAUGUGAUCAGGCUUGAUCUUCAUGGCCAAGGUUUGGGAGGUAGGAUUGAUCCUUCAUUGGCAGAGUUGCAGCACUUGAAGCAUUUGAACCUUAGCUUCAAUGAGUUUCAAGGAGUUCUUCCCACUCAACUCGGAAAUCUUUCAGACUUGCAAUCCCUUGAUCUCGCCUCUAAUGAGGAAAUGAACUGCGGAAACCUUGACUGGCUUUCUGACCUUCCUUUGUUAACACACCUUGACUUGAGUGGGGUUAAUCUUAGUAAAGCAAUCCAUUGGCCACAAGCAAUUAAUAAAAUGUCUUCCCUAACUGAGUUAUACUUGAGCCACACUCAGCUUCCUUGGAUUAUUCCAACAAUAUCCAUUUCCCAUAUUAAUUCUUCUACUUCUCUUGUUGUGCUUGAUCUCUCCAAUAAUGGUCUCACUUCUUCAAUAUACCCAUGGUUGUUCAACUCCAGUAGCAACCUUGUUCAUCUUGACCUCUCUCGUAAUGAUCUAAAUGGUUCAAUUCUGGAUUCUUUUGGAAACAUGACUACUCUGGCAUAUCUUGAUCUCUCGUCUAAUCAACUUGAAGGUGAGAUUCCGAAGUCCUUUAGUAUCAGCCUUGUUCAUUUGGAUCUUUCUCAGAACCAUCUACAUGGUUCAAUUCCAGAUGCUUUUGGAAACAUGACAACUCUGGCAUAUCUUGAUCUCUCUUCCAAUAAACUUGAAGGUGAGAUUCCGAAAUCCUUGAGAGAUUUAUGUAAUUUACAGAGAUUACUGUUGUCUUAUAACAAUCUCACCGGACUUCUGGAAAAAGAUUUUAUGGCCUGCUCUAGUAACACAUUAGAGGGUUUAGAUUUAUCUCAUAAUCAAUUCAGAGGGUCAUUUCCUCAUCUUUCUGGAUUUUCACAGUUGAGAGUGUUAUAUCUUGGAUUCAAUCAACUAAGUGGAACUUUACCUGAAAGUAUUGGACAACUAUCUCAACUUGAAGAGUUGUCCAUUCCUUCAAAUUCAUUGCGAGGCACUGUCUUGGCAAAUCACCUUUUUGGUCUCUCCAAACUGUCUUACUUGGACUUAGCUUUCAACUCCCUUACAGUCAACAUAAGCCUUGAGCAAGUUCCCCAGUUUCAAGCCCAAUAUAUAAGGUUGGCCUCCUGCAAAUUAGGCCCACGUUUUCCUAAUUGGCUUCAAACUCAGAAACGUUUGUGGGAACUUGAUAUCUCUGCUUCUGGAAUUUCAGAUGUCAUUCCCAAUUGGUUUCGGAAUUUACCUUCAGAUUUAAGAUUGUUAAACAUUUCCAACAAUCACAUCUCAGGCACUUUGCCAAAUUUAGAAGCAACUCUUUUUUUGGAAAUGGAUGCGAGUUCAAAUUGCUUCGAAGGUUCAAUACCACCAUCUGUUUUCAAUGCUCAAUGGUUGGAUCUCUCCAAGAACAUGCUUUCAGGAUCAAUUUCUUUACUGUGUGGGACUACUAAUCAGUCUAGUUGGGGUUUGUCCCAUGUUGAUUUCUCAAAUAAUCGACUGUCAGGAGAACUACCCAAAUGUUGGAAGCAGUGGAAAAAUUUGAUUGUUCUUAAUUUGGACAAUAAUAAUUUUUCUGGGAAAAUUGAAGAUUCGAUCGGCUUGUUAGAUCAGCUGCAAACAUUACAUUUACGUAACAAUAGUUUAACUGGAGCACUGCCUUCAUCCUUAAAGAAUUGCAGAGAUUUGCGUCUUAUAGAUUUGGGAAAAAAUAAAUUGUCAGGAAAAAUACCGGCUUGGAUUGGAGAAAGUCUAUCAGAUUUGAUCGUUGUCAACCUAAGAUCCAAUGAAUUUAAAGGAAGCAUACCUUUAAAUCUAUGUCAACUGAAAAAAAUUCAAAUGUUGGACCUCUCGAGCAACAAUCUAUCUGGUACUAUACCAAAUUGUCUCAACAAUUUAACUGCCAUGGCUCAGAAUGGGAGUUUGGUCAUUGCUUAUGAAGAAAGAUCGUUUGUUUUCGAUUUAUCAAUGGCCUAUAUUGAUAAUACAUUGGUUCAAUGGAAAGGAAAAGAACAAGAGUACAAGAGAACUCUUGGGCUUGUAAAGAGCAUUGAUUUUUCGAAUAACAAGUUAACCGGAGAAAUUCCAACCCAAGUAACUGAUUUGGUAGAAUUGGUAUCAUUGAACUUAUCAAGAAACAAUUUGAUUGGACCAAUCCCUUCAAUGAUUGGUCAAUUGAAAUCAUUGGAUUUUCUUGAUCUAUCACAAAAUCGGCUUCAUGGUGUAAUUCCAUAUAGUCUUUCUCAAAUAGCUGGUCUAAGUGUUUUAGACCUAUCAAAUAACACUUUGUCGGGUAAAAUUCCCUCAGGCACUCAAUUACAAAGCUUUAAUGCCUCCACAUAUGAGGGAAAUCCUGAACUUUGUGGGCCACCUCUUUUGAAAAAGUGUCCAAAAGAUGAACCCUCCUUCACUGGUCUUAGUAGCAAAAAAGAGGACAUUCAAGAUGAUGCAAAUAAUAUAUGGUUUUAUGGAAAUAUUGUUCUUGGAUUCAUCAUUGGAUUUUGGGGAGUUUGCGGCACUUUAAUAUUCAAUAGUUCAUGGAGAUAUGCCUAUUUCCAGUUCUUAAGCAAGAUAAAAGAUUGGUUGUACAUGACAACAAUCGUAAAUAUGAAUAAAUUACGAAGAAGCCUCCAAAAUUAAGUGGUAAGACUUCUCAAAUUCUCUCUUUAGUUUUCUGGGUAAAAUGUGCUACCUAUAUUUAUAAGCCAACAAUUAAGAAUAAAAUGCAGAAACUUUAUGCUACUACUCAAUUCUCUCUUCUAUUAUUUGAUUAACCUUCCACAAUAUAUCAAGGAAAGCUUAGAUUUUGUAAAUAGAAGCAUUAUUUAAAUAAGCAAGCCUAGAAUAUUUUAAUAUGUUUGUUAUAAUAGUCGUGCAUAUUUAGCUUUCAUUAUGUAAUGAUUAAUAUUAUG